UCUCCACGUCAACUACACCUCACCUCCACCUUCUCAUCUCCACGUCAACUACACCUCCACCUUCUCAUCUCCACGUCAACUACACCUCACCUCCACCUUCUCAUCUCCACGUCAACUACACCUCCACCUUCUCAUCUCCACAUCAACUACACCUCACCUCCACCUUCUCUUCUCCACGUCAACUACACCUCACCUCCACCUUCUCAUCUCCACGUCAACUACACCUCACCUCCACCUUCUCAUCUCCACGUCAACUACACCUCACCUCCACCUUCUCAUCUCCACGUCAACUACACCUCACCUCCACCUUCUCAUCUCCACGUCAACUACACCUCACCUCCACCUUCUCAUCUCCACGUCAACUACACCUCACCUCCACCUUCUCAUCUCCACGUCAACUACACCUCACCUCCACCUUCUCAUCUCCACGUCAACUACACCUCACCUCCACCUUCUCAUCUCCACCUCCUCAUAUCCGCACCUCCGCCUUCUCGUCUCCUUAUCUCGACCUACCCCAAACAUCUCCUCACCACCUCCUCCUCCAAUAGCCUCAACUCCACCUCCUCACCUACACCUCAUUACCUCCACCUCAUUACCUCCACCUUCUCAUCUCCUUAUCUGGACAUACAUCGACUCACCACCUCCUCCAAUCCGCCUCAACUCCACCUCCUCACCUACACCUCCUCCAAUACACCUCCUCACCUCCCCUCGCAACGCCUCCUCUAUGGAACGUCACCAGUAGGGAGUUCCACAACCGGGUGUCCACCACAGUAAACAGCCGAUCAGCACAAGAAAGCAACGGAGACCGAGGAUGCCCGUGCGUAUCUCUGGCGGGGGAUCUGCUCCCCGUGGAGAUUAUCGGCACCAUGAUGGACGUAAGCAACUUACGCGGCCAGAGGCAGCAGGAGCAGCACAGAGAGACUGCACUCAACAAGCCGCGAUUACAAACACAGCCGCAUCGAAGCCUCAUUCAGCACCACGGCCAGCAGCAACAGCAGCAGCAUCAGAAUGUACAACAUCAGCAAAAUCAGCACCAUGGACAGCAGCAAUAUAAUGUACAGCAUCAGCAGCAGCAAAAUCAGCACCAUGGACAGCAGCUUCAGAAUGUACAGCAGCAGCCGCAGCAGCCGCAGCAGCAAAAUCAGUCCCAUGGACAGCAUCAGGAGCCGACGGAGCAACAGCUGCAAGCUGCAAAGGAAAAGUUGCCGCAGCGCCAGCUGCAACAGCAGGUGGAGACAGCUGUUUACCGACAGCUGCCCCUGCAGGUGUACCAGUGCAAGGGGGAGCAAGAGGAACAGCAGCCGCAAGUAGCUGCAACAGCAGAACAGCAGUUGCAACAGCAGCAACAACUACAGCCAUCACCACCAUCGCACACACAGCCAGUAUCACCCCAACACUCACCACCACAGCCAGUCUCACCCCAACACUCACUACCACAGCCAGGCUCACCCCAACACUCGCCACUACAGCCAGACUCACACCAACACUCACCACCACGGCCAGUCUCACCCCAACACUCGCCACUACAGCCGGCCUCCCUCCCAUGCCCACACCCACACAAAACUCAACUCUCACCCUCACCGCCCCCUCCGUGCAACCCCCCGCCCCCGCCCCAGCACAGCCCCAAGGGGAGGGGUCAGGGCCUGACAUCAGUCACCCUGGGGGCAGAACACGUGACGGGCAGAUCAUCAGCACGGACGCCACCAUCCUCGUCAUCAGCAGCCCCAUCAUCGUCAUCAUCGUCACUGCGAGCUCUGAGCGCAUCACCGGCCCCAUCUCCUCUGCCCUCUUCCUCCCCCCAGCCCUGCAAGCUGAGGGCAGCGCCACCGCGCCCCGGCAUUCCACCACAGACCCAGACACGGACCCCAACCCUGACACAGACCCCGACACGAGCAAAGACACAGACUGUGACGCAGACCCAGACCCCGACCUUGACACAGACCCCGACAAGGACCCCGACCCUGAUACAAACCCUAACACAGACACAGACCCCGACACAGACCCUGACACAGACACAACCAAAGACACAGACCCUGACCCUGACACAGACACAGACCCUGACAAAGACCCUGACACAACCAAAGACACAGACCCCGACCCUGACACAGACACAGACCCUGACACAGACCCUGACACAGUCCCCAUCAGUCGCGCUGAUGAAGCUAAAGUCGAGGUCACUGCCAGCCCAGGGGACAUCGCGACCUCCUCCGUGCCGCCGCAGGAUCCUCCGCCCCACGCUGCCUCCUCCUCCUCCACCGCCCCUCCAUCCCCGAGCCCCCGCUCCGCCCCCCCAAAUCGACGUGGACCGUGGGGGGCAGCCUCCCGUCACCAGCAGCAGCAGAAAAUCUCCGGCACCAGCGCCCCCACGCAUAGCUCCCGGCGCCGACACUCGCGAUAGUGGCCGGACCCAGAUCGUGACAGAGAACACGAUGAGAUUAGUGGCAACAUCAUCCCUAGCAACAUCAUCACUAGCAACAUCAUCCCUAGCAACAUCAUCACUAGCAACCACAUCACUAGCAACCACAUCACUAGCAACCACAUCACCAGUGACAACCAUAGCACUAUCAAUAUCACGACCAGCAUCAUCACUACCAACACCAUCACUGGCAACGCCAUCACGAGCAACAACAUUACUAGCAACAUCGUUACUGGCGACAUCAUCACGGGCAACACCAUCACUAGCAACAAAAUCAUUAGCAACACCGUCGUUAUCAACAUCAUCACUCGGAACAUCAUUUCCAACAGCACCACGGGUAACAUCGUCACUAGCAACAACAUCACUAGGAACAUCAUCACUGCCAACAACGUCAUCAUUAGCAACAUUACUCGCAACAUCAACAUCCCCACCGCGCACUACAUCAACAGCAUCUCCGCUGCCCGUGUCCGUCGCUGCUGCUGCCGGGGUGAAGCGCCGCGCCCCGGCGAAACCCCUAAGACGUCUCAGCCGUGCGUCCCAGGGAGAGGGGCUCACAGCGGGGGGCCCGACCCGACCCUCUCACGGGGACUCCGCGCCCGCGACCCCCGGCGCCGCUGCAGAUGGAGGCGCUUGAAGCGGUUUUGCAGAGUGGAGGAGGUGGUGCUGGGUGGUGGAUGAGGUGGUGAUGGGUGAAGUGGUGAUGGAUGUGAUCGCUUAGGUAAUGGGCGAGGUGGAGUUGGUAAUGGAGGUGGAGAUCGUGACCUCAACUGUCAUGAACACUAUGUGUGACCGGCAAACACUUGUGUCCCAAAACCCACGUGUCUCUAUAUUGUCGUGCCCCCAUUUCCACAAUUCCCAAUAUCCACGUGUCCCAGAAUCCAGGUGUUUGUAUCACUCUUCUAUUGCUCCUCCCAUGGUUACUGUUCUUCUGAACUUCACUCGUUGAUUCAUCCGCUCGUCUUGAGGACUCUCAUCCACCACACUGUGGUCAACCACCACACUGCAGGUCACAACAACAACAACCUCACCCACUCGAUGACACGCGAAUGCGCUCAUUCACUCACCCACCCAACCACUCACACGCGCACUCACCCAACCACCAUGAAACUCACCACACUGCCAGUCACAACACUUCUCGUUCUGCUUCUUCCCUUGCACUGUUCCACAUUAGAAUUCCCUCCUCCCAUCGUCUUUCCCCCCCAAGCUAUUAUAAUAACCUUCAAUUUAAGAAACGUGUUUACUAUUACCUAUUACAACUUUGUUAGUGCUGUUUGCUGCUGGCCGCUUGAGCGUUUGCGUCUGUGCCCAGCAACUGCUAAAAAAAUAACGUGUCCCAGUCUCUUCGUGGCCCAGUCUCCACGUGUUUGUGCAACCACUUAUCCCAAACUCCAAGUAUUCUGAUAUCCAUGUGUUAAUAUAACCACGUGUUCGUAUAGCGGCGUGCUCCAUUCUCCACGUGUUCGUAUAACCACGUGUCCCAGAAACUACGCGUUGGUAUAACCACGUGUUCUAACAUCCACACUGUACACGCAGCCAUCCGUGAUGUGAAAGCGAAUUCCCUGUGACUGACACUGUAGUAUUUAAAAUUAUGUAUUUAGUAAUUCAGAUAUUUCGUCUGCAUAAUCCCUUGAGAUGCAAGGGUGUCCAUGCUCUCAAGUGACACACCACACGUGUAUA